AUGGCCGCUUUCAUGGUCACUUUCAUUUUCCUCCUCGCCCUAACCAAAGCUCAAAACGCCCCCGGUGACUACCUCGUGCUUCACAACCGAGCUCGAGCCGAGGUCGGCGUCGGGCCCAUGCAAUGGAGCAACACCGUGGCCGCGUACGCUCAAGCCUAUGCGGAAAAAAGAAAGGGUGACUGCGCCAUGAUUCACUCAACCGGGCCGUACGGGGAAAACAUAGCCGCGGGCUACUACCCUGAGUUCACCGGGGCGGAUGCAGUGAAGCUGUGGGCGAACGAGAAGCCGCUGUAUGAUCAUGCAUCGAAUAAAUGCGUGGGUGGUGAAUGUGGGCACUACACUCAGAUGGUGUGGCGGAGCUCGGUGCGGCUUGGAUGUGCUAGAGUGCCUUGCAAGGCUAAUUCUCAGUUUGUUGUUUGCAAUUAUGAUCCUCCUAGUAACUAG